GCCCAUGUUCUUACAGGCCCAAUUGCCAAACUGUACGGACAAUAACGACAAAAUAUUUCUAUUUUCUCUCUUCUUCUCGCCUUGACUUUCUUUUAUUUUUUGAAGUCAAAAUCCCUAAUUUGUUUCGACCGUUACUAAUUGGGAUUUACCGUCUUUUCUCUGUUUGGGGUGCUAAAUUAAUUGUUUUCUUGGCGAUCAUCCUCCAAGCUAACGAAUUAUUUGUUGAUAGGUGUGUAAAUGGAUGUUGAUGACAUUUUCGGAACAGUUCGACCUGUAAGUCUUCCAAGGAAGAGUGCAAUUUACGUUUGGGGUUACAAUCAUUCAGGACAAACUGGUAGGAAGGGGAAGGAGUGUCAAUUAAGGAUCCCUAGGCAGCUUCCGCCGGAGCUUUUUGGUUGCCCGGCCGGGGCUAAUUCCCGCUGGUUGGACAUUGCUUGUGGUCGGGAACAUACGGCCGCAGUGGCCUCAGAUGGGUCGCUUUUCACUUGGGGAGCUAAUGACUUUGGUCAAUUGGGAGAUGGAACCGAGGAGGGUAGAAAGUAUCCAAAGAAAGUGAAGCAAUUAGACACAGAGUUUGUGAAAUCUGUAUCUUGUGGAGCACAUUGUACUGCUGCCAUUGCAGAACCUCGUGAGAAUGAUGGAACUAUCUCAAAAAGUAGGCUUUGGGUUUGGGGGCAAAAUCAGGGAUCUGAUUUUCCUCGUUUAUUCUGGGGAGCUUUUACUCCAAAUACGGUCAUCCGUCAAGUUUCUUGUGGAGCAGCCCACGUGGUGGCUUUAUCGGAAGAUGGCCUCUUGCAAGCUUGGGGCUACAAUGAAUAUGGUCAACUUGGCAGAGGGGUUACAUGCGAAGGUUUGCAAGGGGCUCGUGUAAUAAGUGCUUAUGCUAGGUUCCUUGAUGAAGCCCCUGAACUUGUGAAGAUUACCCAAGUGUCAUGUGGAGAGUACCACACAGCAGCUAUAUCUCAAAAUGGCGAGGUGUAUACUUGGGGUUUGGGACACAUGGGUCAACUCGGGCAUUGCUCCCUUCAGACAGGGGAGAAAGAGUUAAUACCAAGGAGAGUGGUUGCACUUGAUGGGAUAUUGAUUAAAGAUGUUGCAUGUGGGGGUGUUCAUACAUGUGCUGUGACUGAAAAGGGAGCUCUUUAUGCAUGGGGUGGUGGUCAAGUGGGGCAAUUAGGCCUUGGGCCCCAAUCCGGAUUCUUUUCAUGCUCAAUGAAUGACACCGAGUCAUAUCUGCGAAACAUUCCUGCUUUGGUUGUUCCCAAAGGUGUGCAGCUUGUGGCAUGUGGACACUCGCACACGCUCAUCUCCACUAAGGAUGGAAGAAUACACGGUUGGGGCUACAAUAGCUAUGGUCAGGCAGCCAAUGAGAAAUCUACCUAUGCUUGGUUUCCAUCACCAGUUGAUUGGUGCGUUGGCGAGGUGCGAAAACUGGCAGCUGGUGGUGGCCAUUCUGCCGUGUUAACCGACGCCUGUUCCUUAAAGGAGCUCUGUGAAUUUAGACUGGCAGAUAGUCUGAAUCUAAGAAAUAUUUUCGAGGUUGAGGAUGUUGCAUCCAGAACUGGAUCGGAUGCUUUAGCACGCCUUUGUGAAAGAUUAAGGGUUGACGGUGGAUAUGGAGAUGAUGAUGAGAAGUGAUCUUCAAUCAUUUUGUCAAGACAGAACUCAUGUCUCCCUCUCCCUCCAUUACUAAUAACGAUAAUGAAGAAUUAAAAAAACUGUAAAUUACAUUAUUAACUUGAACCUCUUGUAACUUUACGAGUCCCAAGCAGACUAACAAUAAAUAAAAUUCAUUCAGUAGGUUGAUGGAGAAA